UUGGUACAACUGAUCGACCUUACCACUUGCACAAUCUGCUAGCAAAGGUUAUGCAGCGCCUGAAGAUGAUCAUGGCAGAAUCACCAGGCCUCAUCACCAUCUGCCUUUUAGGAUAUCUACUCAGUGCUGAAUGUACAGUUUUUCUUGAUAAUGAAAAUGCCAACAAAAUUCUGAAUAGGCCAAAGAGGUAUAAUUCAGGUAAAUUGGAAGAGUUUGUUCAAGGGAACCUUGAGAGAGAAUGUUUAGAAGAAAAGUGUAAUUUUGAAGAAGCACGAGAAGUUUUUGAAAACACUGAAAAAACAAAUGAAUUUUGGAAGCAGUAUGUUGAUGGAGAUCAGUGUGAGUCCAAUCCAUGUUUAAAUGGCGGCAGAUGCAAGGAUAACAUUAAUUCCUAUGAAUGUUGGUGUCCAUUUGGAUUUGAAGGAAAGAACUGUGAAUUAGAUGCAUCAUGUAGCAUUAAGAAUGGCAGAUGCACGCAGUUUUGUAAAUUUAGUGCUGAUCACAAGGUGGUUUGUUCCUGUACCGAGGGAUACCGACUUGCAGAAAACCAGAAGUCCUGUGAACCAGCAGUGCCAUUUCCAUGUGGAAGAGUUUCUGCUUUACAAACUUCUAAGCUCACCCGUUCUGAGACUGUUUUUCCUGAUGUGUACAAUGAAAAUUCUACUGAAGUUGAAACCAUUUUGGAUAACGUCACUCAAAGCACCCAAUCAUUUGAUGACUUCACUCGCGUUGUUGGUGGAGAAGAAGCCAAACCAGGUCAAUUCCCUUGGCAGGUUGUAUUGAAUGGCAAAGUUGAUGCAUUCUGUGGAGGCUCUAUCGUUAAUGAGAAAUGGGUUGUAACUGCUGCCCACUGUAUUGAAACUGGUGUUAAAAUUACAGUUGUUGCAGGUAAACAUAACAUUGAGGAGACAGAACACACAGAGCAAAAGCGAAAUGUGAUUCGAAUUAUUCCUCACUACAACUACAAUGCAACUAUUAAUAAGUACAGCCAUGACAUUGCCCUUCUGGAACUGGAUAAACCCUUAGUGCUAAACAGCUAUGUUACACCUAUUUGCAUUGCUGACAAGGAAUACACGAACAUCUUCCUCAAAUUUGGAACUGGCUAUGUGAGUGGCUGGGGAAGAGUCUUCCAUAGAGGGAGAUCAGCUUCAGUUCUUCAAUACCUUAAAGUUCCACUAGUUGACCGGGCCACAUGUCUUCGAUCUACAAAGUUCACCAUCUAUAACAACAUGUUCUGUGCUGGCUACCAUGAGGGAGGUAGAGAUUCAUGUCAAGGAGAUAGUGGGGGACCCCAUAUUACUGAAGUGGAAGGGACCAGUUUCUUAACUGGAAUUAUUAGCUGGGGUGAAGAGUGUGCAAUGAAAGGCAAAUAUGGAAUAUACACCAAGGUAUCCCGGUAUGUCAAUUGGAUUAAGGAAAAAACAAAGCUCACUUAACGAAAAAUGGAUUUCCAAGGUUAAUUCAUUGGAAUUGAAAAUUAACAGGGCCUUUCACUAAUCACUUUCCCAUCUCUUGUUAGAUUUGAAUAUAUACAUUCUAUGUCUACUGCUUUUUCUCUUUACAGGGGAGAAUUUCAUGUUUUACCUGAGCAAAUUGAUUAGAAAAUGGAAUCACUAGAGGAAUAUAAUGUGGUGGGAAAUUGUAGCCAUUUCUAAGGACCCAGUCCUUGACAAAAUUGUGAAGUUAAAUUCUACACUCUGUCCAUCUAUGGUUCUCCAUCAUGGCAACUAACUCACCUGAUUUUCCCUCCUUAGCAGCAUUCCAUGUUCCCAAUCUUCUUUGCUUCUCCAACCAAAACAUCAAUGUUUAUUAGUUCUGUAUGUACAGGAUCUUUGGUCUACUCUAUCACAAGGCCGGUACCACACUCAUGAAGAAAGAACACAGAAGUAGCUGAGAGAUUAAAACUCAUCAAAAACACUACUACUUUUCCUCUACCCUAUUCCUGAAUCUUUUACCUUUUCCAAAUCCCAAUCCCCAAAUCAGUUUUUCUCUUUCUCAUUCCCUCUCUCCUUUUUACCCUCCACAGUCAUUAAAGGAGUGUUGAAUAGGGAGCAUCAUUCUGUUACACUGCUGUACACAGUUAUACAUGUCUAUCAAACCCAGACUUGCUUUCAUAGUGGAGAAUUGCUUUUCAGAACAUAGGGAUGAAGUAAGCAGCCUGAAAAAUUUGGGGGAAAACUUUCUUUUAGAGGGUUAAAUUUAUAUAUAUAUACACACACACACACACACAUACACAUAUAAUGGAAGUAAUAAGCCAUUCUAAGAGCUUGUAUGGUUAUGAAGGUCUGAGUAGGCAUGACGCCAUGAAGGCAAGAUUGGCAGGUCAUUGUAACUAACAAAGCUGACAUUGACCCAGAUAUAUUGUACCCUUUCUAAAAAUAAUGAUAAUAAUGCUAACAGAAAGAAGAGAACAGUUUGUUUGCAAUCUACAGCUAGUAGAGACUUUGAGGAAGAAUUCAACAGUGUGUCUCCAGCAGUGUUCUGAGCCAAACAGGAAGUGGAAGUUGCCUAGACCAAAGGAUAUAAGCAUCCUGUUUCCUUUACUAGCAUACCCUUGAAGUGGAGGAGGGUGUAGCAGGCUCAAAGACAUGAGUCAUUUCAAUCAGCCAACUAAGUUCUCCUUUUCUGGUUUUGUGUUCACCAAGGAAUAUUUUGAUUAUAGUUAAUCCUUCUAUCUUGAAUUUUCUAGAGAGUUGCUGACCAACUGACGUAUGUUUCCCUUUGUGAAUUAAUAAACUGAUGUUCUGGUUCAUA